GCCCAUUAAUGUUAGCAGUCUCCGAAGGACUGAAAGCACACCUCACCGGCCUCCAUCGUCACGAAGCGCCUCCCAACGACGGUGACACCGGCGGCGGCUGAUUUGUGGACCAGCCGACCAGAGAACCAUCUCCACCGGCGGCGGCGCGAGUCAUCCUCGAGCAACAGGAGGAAAGGACAUUUGCUCAUUAUCAAGAUGGAUGGAUAGAGCACUAAAGAUUAUGUAGUACCACUAGAAUUUUCAUUUGGAAAGAUGAGGAAGGGGCUGCAUCCUCAGAUGCAGUGGAUUUCGUAUGUGACACAGAGUGGCAGGCUGAUAAACAUCAUGAUGCCCAAGAUCUGCCAUACCGGCAAAGUGUACCAUUUGAGGGCGAAGCGUCAAAUGGCUCAAAGCCUUGGUCAAAUUGCCAAGUUCAAGCGCCGGUACGAGCUGGGAACCGAGGAUGACAAUGGCAAGUAGGAAACAGCCCCGAUGGCAGAGCCUUACGUGUUUAGAUGAGAAUUGUGGCACUAAGACUGUAAUCGAUGUUGUUGUGGUGGACUGAUAUUUGUCGAACUCGCUUUAGCCUAUUUCACACUUGAGCUGAGUAACUGUUUCCUGAUUCGUGGCUAUUUAUCUACAGCAAAUUAUAAAGUUAGUUCAGCUCACUUCAGCUUCAGCUACUUCAGCAACAGUAACUGCAAGCUAAGUGUAAAAAUCUGAAAGUUCUGUGCGAUGUUUAAUGGGGCAUGAAGCAUGCGUUCAACUCAA